AUGGAAGACUUGGUCAAUAAUUCUUUGGUAGACUCUGAAAAUGAGAAUGUUGUUGAAAAUAUGAAUAUAGUGGAAGAAGAAGGUUUAGGAGAUGGGGACUCGAUGUGCCAGAUGUGGGUAUACAAUUCAAUGAUAGAAAACCGUAAAGGUCGAAGAAGUACUAAUGUCGUUGGUUCGUUGAAGCCUCAACCAACGAUGGAGAUGGAUUGUAAAGCUAAGAUCUCUGCUUCUUCAGAUGUUAAUGGAACCUGGAGAAUCAACAUAGUCAACCUCGAGCACAAUCAUACAUGUAGCCCUUCAAAGUCCAGAAAGCUUGAAGUGAAUGACAUAGUAGGAAUACCAUUGCAUAAAAGUUUCAACUCUGCAGUCGUUGAAGCUGGUGGUUAUGAGAAUUUGCCUUGUGUAGAAAAGGAUUGUCGAAAUUAUAUUAAGCAAGUAAGAAGAUUACAACUUGGAGAAGAUGAUAAGUUGCGACUGAAGAAUGUAUUUGGGACUGAUAAUAGAUGCAGGCAAACAUGUAGGGAGUUCGGUGAUGUUGUCACCUUCGACACCACUUACCUGACUAAUAAGUACAACAUGCAUUUCCCUCCUUUUGUUGGAGUUAACCAUCACGGUCAAUCUACAUUGCUCGGUUGUGGUCUAUUAUCAAACGAGGACACAUAUACAUUUGUUUGGCUAUUUAAAACAUGGCUUGAGUAUACUAAGCUUAGAUGGUGUUUAUGUCACAUUUUGAAGAAAUUGCUGGAGAAGUUUGGGUACCAUGUUGACAAGGAAAACAUAUUUUCGGAUAUACAUAGAUUGUUGGCUGGACUGUAUAACAACAGAGCUCGUUGGGUUCCUUGCUUCUUAAAAACCACAUUUUGGGCUGGUAUGUCUACGACUCAGCAAAGUGAAAGUAUGAAUGCCUUCUUUGAUAGGUAUGUACGUACGAAGACCUUGCUUAAGCAGUUCGUUGAACAAUAUGAACGAGCACCAAGGAACAAGGUUGAGAAGGAGUACCAAGCUGACUUCAAGUCAUACUUCCAGAUGGUACCAUGUGCAACAAAUUAUGAAAUGGAAAAACAAUUUCAAUUGGUGUACACAAUUUCAAAGUUUCGGGAAGUGCAAGAAGAGUUCACAGGGAAGACAUAUUGUGAUCUCGUAGCUGCUUUGGAGGGAAGUUCGGGGACCACGUACGAAAUUUUAGAGGAUGUGCUAAUGGAACACAUACGGAAGAAAAAAAGUGGUUCGUCUCUUUUCGGAGGGAUAAUAGUGAAAUUGUUUGUAGUUGCCACUUGUUCGAGUUCCAAAGGAUAA